ACCGCCGCUUCGGCGCGGGCCUGGCGCUGCCCCAUUGCAUUUACCCAUCCAGAGAAAAGUUUGAAGGAAGGCCCUGUUCAGAAAUAGUGAUCUGGAAGAAAGGUUGCCCUCUUCAAGAUGAUCCCCUGCAGAGCAGCUCUGUCUUUUGCCCGAUGUCUGAUCCGGAGAAAAAUCGUCACUCUGGACAGUCUAGAAGACACCAAGUUAUGCCGUUGUCUGUCCACCAUGGACCUCAUCGCCUUGGGCGUCGGAAGCACUCUCGGAGCUGGGGUGUACGUGCUUGCGGGGGAAGUGGCCAAAGCGGACUCUGGGCCCAGUAUCGUGGUUUCCUUCCUCAUUGCAGCUCUCGCUUCGGUGAUGGCAGGGCUUUGUUAUGCUGAAUUUGGGGCCCGAGUGCCCAAGACUGGAUCUGCAUACUUGUACACUUAUGUUACUGUUGGAGAGCUGUGGGCCUUCAUCACUGGCUGGAACCUCAUUUUGUCUUAUGUGAUAGGUACCUCCAGUGUUGCCAGAGCGUGGAGUGGUACCUUUGAUGAACUUCUCAACAAACAGAUUGGCCAGUUUUUUGGGACAUACUUCAAAAUGAAUUACACUGGUCUUGCAGAGUAUCCUGACUUUUUCGCUGUGUGCCUUAUUUUGCUUCUAGCAGGUCUCUUAUCUUUUGGAGUAAAAGAGUCUGCUUGGGUGAAUAAAAUCUUUACAGCUAUUAAUAUCCUGGUCCUUCUCUUUGUUAUGGUUGCUGGAUUUGUGAAAGGAAAUGUGGCAAACUGGAAGAUAAGUGAAGAGUAUCUCAAAAAUAUUUCUGCAGUUCUUAGUGACCAACCUUCUGAAAACGGAACUAGCCUCUACGGAGCUGGUGGCUUUAUGCCUUAUGGUCUGGCGGGAACGUUGGCCGGGGCUGCAACCUGUUUUUAUGCCUUUGUGGGAUUUGACUGCAUUGCAACAACUGGUGAAGAAGUUCGGAAUCCUCAGAAAGCUAUUCCUAUUGGAAUUGUGACCUCUUUACUUGUUUGCUUUAUGGCCUACUUUGGGGUCUCUGCUGCUCUAACACUUAUGAUGCCCUAUUACCUCCUGGAUGAAAAGAGCCCCCUUCCAGUAGCAUUUGAAAAUGUUGGUUGGGGCCCGGCCAAGUAUGUGGUGGCAGCCGGCUCCCUCUGCGCUUUGUCCACGAGUCUUCUUGGAUCCAUUUUCCCAAUGCCUCGUGUAAUCUAUGCUAUGGCGGAGGAUGGGUUACUUUUCAAAUGUCUAGCUCAAAUCAAUUCCAAAACGAAGACACCAAUAAUUGCUACUAUAUCAUCGGGUGCAGUGGCAGCUGUGAUGGCCUUCCUUUUUGACCUGAAGGCUCUCGUGGACAUGAUGUCCAUUGGCACGCUGCUGGCCUACUCUCUGGUUGCAGCCUGUGUGCUCAUCCUCAGGUACCAGCCUGGCUUAUCUUAUGAGCAGCCCAAGUUUUCUUCUGAGAAAGAAGCUUUGGGAUCAUGUGCCGAUGCAGCCACCAAGAGCGAGUCCCAGGUCACCAUGCUGCAAGGACAGGGCUUCAGCCUGCGGACCCUCUUCAACCCCUCUGCACUCCCCACAAAACAGUCAGCUUCUCUCGUGAGCUUUCUGGUAGGAUUCCUCGCAUUUCUUAUCCUGGGCCUGAGUAUUCUGACCACUUACGGGGUGCGUGCCAUUGCCAGACUGGAAGCCUGGAGCCUUGCUCUUCUCGUGCUGUUUCUUGUUCUCUGCAUUGGGAUUGUUCUCAUCAUUUGGAGACAACCCCAGAACCAGCAAAAAGUCGCUUUUAUGGUCCCAUUCUUACCAUUUUUGCCAGCGUUCAGCAUCCUGGUAAACAUUUAUUUGAUGGUCCAGUUGAGUGCAGACACUUGGAUCAGAUUCAGCAUUUGGAUGGCACUUGGUUUCCUGAUUUACUUUACUUACGGCAUAAGACACAGCCUGGAGGGUCAUUCAAGGGAUGAAGAAGACGAUGAAGAUACCUACACGGACAAUGUCAAUACAGCAACAGAGGAAAAAUCUGCCAUACCAGCUGAUGACCAUCACCCAAGAAACCUCAGUUUACCGUUCAUAUUCCAUGAAAAGACAAGUGAGUGCUAAAGCUCAGGGCGUGGCCAGUCUUCACAGGCCCAUCCUUCAUGGAGUGACAAGGAGUCAUCAUCAUGCUGGUUGUCGUGGGUCUGCUGCAGACAGAGCUCACCCUAAGUUAUACUUCUUCACCUGGACAGCACCACCUCAUAUGGUGAAUUAUGUGCCUGGGAACCUCCUGAGCUCUCUCCUCAGUGAGGAUCAGCUCCAAAACUGUGGGACUGGGAGUGUGCAUGUGUAUGUCUGAGUGUAUGUGUUGAGGAAUGUGAGUGUCAUUUACUCUCAUUGCAUUACACUUUCCUGCUGGUGUCAUUCAUUGGUGGCGUCUACUGCACAAACUGACUUGGAGGUUAUCACAGAAGGGAGAAGUGUUUUGUAGGUGCCUGAGGCAGCUGGGCACUGCCUUGCUAGGCCUCUCUGGUGUCCACUUAGAGCAUAGUUACAAUGUCAGUGCCCAUCAUGGUAUUAGACCUUGGUCAGGAGGAAGAGGAGAGGAGAAACGAGCCUUUGUUGUGUGCUAUCAAUGCCAGCAGCAGGUGUAUCACAGAUGCAUUUUUAUGAGGUGUGACAGUUGGCCAAGACUUGAACCCAUCAGUGUAUUUGUGGCAGGCAUGCCACAAAGCGUGAUGGGGAAGUGGUGUUCUGCGUCAGCAGGGUCUGUCUUCUUGGAGAGCAGCGGUCCUUCAAUAUGAGGCCUUCGCCUGCUGUGAAUGCUGUCCACCCUCAGCCACAUCCAGGCUUGACAGAAGUGGUGUGAUCUACCUGGGACCCUUUAUGCUGGCAAGUGAAGAUGGGCCCACAGCUGGAAGGAAAUGGGAGUGGCACUGAUGAGGGUAUGUUUGACCAUCAGAGUUCCGCAGAUGCUGGAUAAGCAGACAACUGGCUUCCUACUCUCAAGUCACUUACGUAAACCAGCAGUCUCUCUUGUUAUGCAAUUGGUGGGAUGACCCAUACUUUCCCUCAUAAUUUAAUAACUAAUCAUAGUUCCAUUUUUUUUAACUUCAUCAGGCACAGAAUUCACUCCUUUGUUUCUACUAUUGUUUUGUCUUGUCCUAGCUAUGAGGAGCAGAUGUUGUCUUUACUAUAUGCAAAAGAGAAUAAAUGGAUACAAAAUGAGAAAAUUCCCCUUUUCUGAUUUUAAAGUGCCUAUUCAUCUAUGAAAGGGCAUUUGGCCCAACUUGAGGGGUUUAGAUCCAAUUCGCCUUUCAGGAUUUUAGGGGAAACAUUUAAGGGUUUUUAAGCCCAUUCCAUAAAUUUAGGGAUGUUUUCCCACAUCUCAUAAAGUGUUUAGCACUUUUUAUUUCAUUUAUUUUUAAAUGAUCACACUAAAGAUAUUCAUACAAACUCUAAUAUUGUAUAACAGCCCAUCAAUGGUUGGGAAAUAAAAUAUUUAGCAUAAAAAUUUUAAAUGACCAUUUAAAAAUUCAAGUUACAUAUGAACCAUAUUGUAAUAUAAACAAGAAACCUUUACAUACAUUUUUACAGGUAGGAGUCUCUAAUUAGAGCAUUUUAGUUUAUGGGUUCUCUAGUAGUCAGCUAUCUGCAGUGUGUUUUGCUUCUCAUGAAUUGUGUUUCUGACAAAUAAUUAAAUGGUUUGCUAGAUGAGGUUAGUGUCUGAACAUUUAUACAUGGGCUACAUUCCCAGGAUGAGCCUUGUCGAGCACAUUAGUUGACCAGGUUAAUCCAAAGGCAAAGGAAACACUUGUUCUCUGACAACUCUUCCAAGUGAUUGGUUACUUUAUUGUUUGGUCCAGUGAAAAGUUGAUUGUCAUUAAGCAUCAAACAGGUAGAAGCCAGGGUUUCUCACUGCCGAUGUGGUAGUAACCCUGAUGCCAAGCCCAAGACUGACAUUCCAGUUCCCAGGGUGCACCUGGUGAAACCUGAAUUCAGAAUUACCUUUCAAGCUGUGUCUUUUCUCAGAGAGGGGAAGCAAAGUACUGUGGUCAGAAUCAUAAGUCUUUGCUGUUGUAGCAGUAGGCUGAGAACCUCUGUUCUUCUAUAAUCAACCUAGAAUAGAUAGACCCUUCACAGAGGGAACAUGAAGAAUUUCAACUAUGAGUAUUGGAAUCUUUUACUGUAACAAAAGCAAGAGCUUUGUUUAGAAUGUGAUAGGCAGCUAAAACUGUUAGGCCCACUGUGUUCAAUUAGGAGCAAAAUUUAGUUAAAAAUUAUUUUCCACAUUGAAACACUUUGUAAACACAAAUAUCCUUAUAAAGAUGCUUUGUUAAGUUGGCUGUUUAUUUUCCUGUGAAAACUCACCUUUGUACUAGUCUGUACAUGAGUGUAUAUAUCUGUAGAGCUGUGUGUGUGUGUAUCAGAUGUCAGUUUAUAAGCCAUUGGGUUUUUGAUGAGCUUAGAAAUGACACCAUUGUAAUGGAUUAAAAAACCCAACAGAUGCAGAGAAAAAUUAAUGUUUUGUAUUGAUAGGUAUGCUUAUACAAAAAAAUUUAGGUUUUAAACUAUUUUGAAAUAUAUAGCAAUUUUAUAUGUAUAAUAUUUUCUAUAGGUAGAUUCUUUAAGAGAGAUAUAUUUAUAAUGUUUCUAAUACAAAAUCACUAAACUGUAGUAUAUUUGACAGGUGCUUUAUAAUCUGAAAUGGAGUGUGGGGUAGGGGAUUUUAGGUAUUUCUGUUUACUUGUUUCAUUGUUGCACCUUUUUGACAUCUUUAAGUAUUUUUUUUUUUUUUUUAGUAAAAGUCCAUCUACAAGCUCUAACCACCUCUCUGUACCUACAUUUUAAUGUAUAACUUUUAAACAAAAUAUUAUUUCUUAAGAGUACCAACAUGUUUUAUAGAUAAUGUAAAUUGACUUGCAAUCAUUAACACUUACAUAAAGUCCCUUCAGAAAAUUAAAAAUCCACAUACACAUUCUCUUCAUUGUGGUUGAAUAAGAACAGCUUAAAUUACUCUUCUUUUUACAUUAAGAAAUAUGCUAUGAACAUUUUCACUGAGAAACUUCUCAUAAUAGAACCUUUAUUUUAUACUCUUUUAACCACAUAAAUGCCUAUCUAACCUAUGUUUAACAAGGUAACUCUGCAAAUUACUUAUGAGAAAAAUUUAGAAAUUUUGAUACAUAAACUGAAAUAGUAAUUAAUCACAUGUUCCCCAAAGAUAACAUUAAGAAAGCUAAUAAUAACCUAAUUUGGGACAUAUAAUAAAGAAGAGCUAGUAACGUUUCACUAUUCCAACCAUUGUCGAUAGAAAAUACCUGUUUCAGAAUUAUCUUCCUUUAAAAGGUAAGCAUUCUUCUUUUAAUUUUUCUGAGUAAAGAUUGCAUUUUAAUUUUCUUAUUUUAAUUAUUAAACCAAAUUUUUUUAGGUCCUGAGUGUUUCAGGUAGUUAAGAUAUUUUGAAUUAGAAUCUACAUUUGCCAAUUAUUUUCAAAAUUUAUUUCAGUGUUUAGCAGGGAGGAUAAGGAAAAGUAAUGCCCCCCUCCAAAAAAAAAUACCUGAUCAUGCCAGUCGGGACAUGUUAGUCUUUUUUGCUCUUAAGUCAGGACAUAUUCCAGGCUUACAGACCACAUGAUGCAGGGCCAGGAUUCCAGCUCCUUCUGCUGUGACGGGCUCCUUCUUAUGGGCUUAAUCCUCUGGUAGUAAAUUCCCCAAAUGCAAUUUCCACAGGACCUCAAGGGGCUGGGUUUAGCAUAUACAUCAUGGAAUAUUAACAUUCACAUGAUUAGGGAGAAUUUUUUUGGAAGGAGGGGAUUAGCUGUCCUUUUUGUUAGUGCCAAAAUAGUAUCUUCUCUGUACAUUUUCCACAUGUGUGCUAAACCUUAAGGGAAAAAAAACCAAAGUUCACAUAGUAACUAAUGCCAGCACAGGCCAUUUUUUUAGUCAUGUAGAUGAGAAAAUAGAACUGAUUUUGUUGUUUAGUUGAGCCCUCCCCCCACCUUGUGUAUAAUGUAUUUAAACAUUUAUAAAUGGCCUUUGGUUGCUAGGUUUUGAGAGGCCUCAUCUGUUCUUGUUGUGGUUGUUGGUUUUUGUAACAUUCAUUAUUGUUUUGAUGUACACAAUUUAGCCUUAGUGAUUUCAAAUGCAUUUUGUUAUGACUUAACCCAACUGGUGACCCUAUUUGCUGGGAGUAUUCUAAGCUUUUAUUCACAUGACUGAAGCUACUGUCAUGAUCUCUGGCCUAAAAGAGCUGUUUCUGACCACUGAUGGCUCUGGGCAUUAUUAUCAGGACUCCAGGUUGGCUCCAGGGUCAGGCAGCUUGCAAAUUGUGAACACCUGUAGCUGCCUCUGUUAGGAUAAUGGGAUAGGAUGCAAAGUGAAAGACUUCAUCCAAAAGUAAGGCGGUUGUGAUCCUUGAUUUGAGUUCUGACUACCCCAUGUGUAUGUCAAGGAAAUGAACACAGGAACAGCUUUAAAAAACAGCCUAAAAGCACCUCUGUGAGUCAUGAAAGGACUAGCUGCUGCCUGGAACUGCUACCCCACCGCCUGGCCCACUCACCUGACAGUCUUGGGGUGGAAAAUCCAAGCACCCAGAUUCAGUUAGUAGACAGCUUGUGCUGCCAGCAAAUGCCGGUGCCUGGCUGAUAGCUCUUCAUAUCUGGUAUCCACAGGGGCACCAAGUUGUUUUGUUACUUUAUUACUUUAUUGUAUUAUCAUUAUACUUAAUAGAAAGUGUUGAUAGGGCCCAAAACCCUAUAGAAAUUUUAUUUCUGUCAAAACCAACAAAUGCUUUGGAUUUGUGCAAAUGUAAAGACAUUUUGUUGGUCAGUAAUUUUAAAUUUAAAUGUUUUUGAUGAUAAUCAGUGUUUCUUUUUACUUAUAAAGUUGGGUUGUUUUUUAGAAUUUGUAAUAAAUAAAAACUAUUGCUGCUUUACCACUGUAAAAUAUGCUUUCUAAUGUGACCAUGUAUUUUUUAAAUAAAUUUUAAAUAUGA